AUGUCGGACAUAGAGGCCUUUGUGGCUUUUUACGAGCAUCUGAAGUCUCAAGGAAAGGGAGAUUCCGAGCUCCGGAGCGAGGAGCUGGAGAGGGCCAUGAGGGAGAUGCUGAGGAGAGCAAAGAUAACGGACUUUAAGGAGUAUGCACGAAGUUACAAGUACAAGAGGAGGGAGCUGAGUGGUUUUCAGGAAGUACUGGUGUGGGGAAAGAGGAAUUCCAUAUGGAAUGGAAUGGGAGACAUGUUUAGAAGCAGUAUGGAGCUUCUCGGGCAUUCUGGACAGGUUGAUAGAAUAUGCUUUGACCAAGGAAAUAGAUUCUUUAUGUCUGGAGGCUCUGAUGGAAUGAUCAAGCUCUGGGACAUUUACUCAGGGCUUUUGGUAUACAGCUUCAUAGGCCACCGAAACCUUGUGAGCGACCUUUGUGUUAGUAGUGAUGGGAAAGUCCUUGUUUCGUGUGAUUCCCACGGAUUACUGAGCAUCUGGUCCUUGGAGAGGUUUGAAAUGCUCCUCCAGCUUGAACUGGAAUGCGAGAUUGUCUUUACCGAAUUUUUUGACACAGACGACCUAUCUACCUAUAAUCUGAUUGUUGUUUUGUCGAAGGGUGUUAUCAAGACAUACAGGUUUGAUGAGAGAAGGAUAGUGUCUGAGUCUGAAAACCUUUGUCUUCUUGACGAGUCCAUCAAGGGCCUGUGCUUUACAGAUGGGGGAAGGUUUCUUCUGUGUAGUGGAUGGUGGCCAUUUCUUGUUGUCUUCGACACCCAGAACUCCGAUGGAUGCAUAGUUCUUGAGACAAAUGGAAUGCCGGUGAAUACCAUAUGCGGAUCGAAGAAGGGUCUUAAGAUAGCAGCAGCGUGCGACUCUCAAAUAUUCCAAUGGACAUUCUUUGCAGAGGGAAAUCCUGGAAUGGGAAACUUCAAAAGGAGAACAAAGGACACGUCGUUAGAGGGACACUGGAAAAGAUCUAUCACCAAGAUUGACAUUGGGGAGAACGAGUCGAUCGAGAGGAUAUGCUAUCUCCGGGACAAUUUUCUCGUUUGCAUAUGCACUGAUUUGAAGAUAAGGAUAUUUGCGGGAUCUGAGCUUAGAUGCAUAAUAGACAUACCGGAAAUGGGGAUUGCAUAUCCACAUCCUCUGGAGAACAUAUUUGCCCUCUGCGGUAGUAGCCUUCGAAUAUAUAGCAUGGACAAGCUGAUCUACGAGGAGAUGCUGAGCUUUGCAGCCAAUGAUGGCCAGUUUUCGAAUGAUGGAGAGUUCUUUGUGUUUGGAGACGAAAGAGGAGUGGUAAGGGUACUUUCGAUGAGUUUCCUACCAAAGCCACCGAAGGAGCAGUUUUUUGAAUCCGACCUUGACCACCUUAACUCUACUGAGUGGAAUGGAGUUGUUGAGUGCAGGAGAGAAUCCACUUAUGAGUCGGAUAGAAAGAGGAACGAAGAUUGGUUCCAAGUGGAAUAUGCCAUUACAAAGAAGUCCAACGACUGUGUAAAGGUUGAGGAUCUGGGAUCAAAGCACUUUGUGAAAGACUUUGUAGGUCUUGAAGCAUUCCGAAAAAAGUACAUGAACAUUCCCUUGCCUGGGGAGACACAGUCUGUGGAGCAGACAAUGAUAUCUGAGUAUAGCAGCAGCAUCCUAGAGGGAGACACAUCCAGUGGGUUUUACGAGGAAUCUACAGACAUGACAGGAGAUGAAGAAAUAUUGUUUGAAGACAAAGGGGCACCUGUAAGAAGAUCCCUUGUUAUCAGUGAUGAGUCCUCGGAGAUGGUGCCUGUUUUGAGAAGAAACACCCGGGUCUCGGAGGAUGUUGAGAACGAUUUAAGUCCAACAGGAAUUGUAAGAAGGUUAAGGAGAUUCAAUAGAGACCAGGCUGUGGAGGAUGAAGAAAACGGAAUCCGCAUUCUGUCGCUAGAGGGAGGGGACGGUAUGGACAGGAGGGGUGCUGAGCAUUGUGCAGGACCUCGUAGUAGUAUUAACGACAGCGAAAGAAGUGAACUAGCAGAAAACAGUGAUGACCGAUAUGUGAUUGGAUUGUCUGGAGGGAUAGGGCAUGGAGAGCAGGAGCUAAGGCAGUAUGUUCAAUCGUGGCUGUCGUCUCCAAGUAUGGUACCUCAGCCGGGAGAUGUUGUUUACCUAAACUCCGAAGGCCUGAGAGAAUUUCAAAUGUUUGAUGGGAGAAAGAAGUUUAAGGGGCAAGAAAUAUGCUCUGGAUACUACGAAGUGAGAAGUCUUGAGGCAGUCAGGUACAGCCCACCAUUUCUUAAGGUGGGGCUGGGCCUUAGAGACGAGAGCUUUUCGAUAAGAUACUACAGGUAUCCUGGAUCAUCUCCUGUGCUCUUGUUAAGAGAACAGAUGAAUGCUGGGGCAGGGGAUUUUAUAAGUUUUGUGUCAAAUGGGAUAAUAUCUCGAGGAAGGGUGUCUGGAGUUCGAGGAAUCCAUCUUGUAGUUGAUUCUGGAGGGACUUCUGUCCUGGUUGAGAGGCUGGACAUGUUAAUUCCAAGGGCAUUAUUUCCUGGGGAUAUGAAGACCGAGAUGUUAAAAGUACUCAGGCAAAGGAGAAUGCACAGAGGACUUUACGUAACCCUGAGAAGAGAGUCAAAUCCGUCUUACUACGAGAAUGCAACUUCUACUGUCAACCUAGGGAUUAUUGAAGAAAAGAUCCUCCACGACUUAUAUCGGACAAUAGGUGGACUGGAGUUUGAUCUUGACAUGGCAGUUAGUAACUCAUUAUAUUUGGGGCCAGUUCUUCAUGAGCAUUGUCAGCAGGCUGUGGAAGGGGUCCGAACGAUUAUAAGAAGGAUUUGA